GUAUUUAAGCGGCGGCAUCUCGACCUGGAGUAUGCAUUGAUUCGCUAUCAUUCGCUCUAAAGACUUGUGCCCAGCCUCAAGUAGUUUGCUGACUCUGUUUGUUGUAAUAAAUUAGUUGACAAGGAUACCCAAUUGAACCAAUCAGUUUCGAGUUCGCGAAAGGAUCCAGUAUUUGAAGAAGACCAAUCACCAACAAAGAUAACAAAUAUCUGAUCUUGUAUAAAGUUAUAUUAUCGUGAAUCGAGAGUCGAGAGUUCUUGUCCAGCUCAAUUCUAGACGCAAACAGUUCAGUCCAGGAGCGAAUUUCUUGUCCAGUUCCCCAGCCGAUCGCCAAUAAGCAGUGAAAGUGUCAACACAUUUCGAGUGCUUAUUCGCCAAAUCAAACAAGAAAAGCGCAACCAAGCAAAUAACCAAGCAAAUAGUAUUCUAAGUGUUUUUGGCAACACUUUGCGUAAAUUUUUGUUAACACAACCACAACAAAAACCCCCAAAACACACAAAACAAAAUGAUGGCCGUUGCAGCUGCCCAAAAGAACCGCGAGAUGUUCGCCAUCAAGAAAUCCUACAGUAUUGAGAAUGGUUAUCCAUCUCGCCGCCGCAGCCUGGUGGAUGAUGCCCGGUUCGAGACCCUGGUGGUCAAGCAGACCAAACAAAGUGUCCUCGAGGAGGCCCGCAACAAGGCAAAUGACGCUUCUCUGGAGGAAUGCGUUCUGCAGGCUCAGGAGCACAUUCCGGCCGAGCAGAAUGUGGAGCUCCAGGACGAGCAGCCCAAUCUGGAGAACCUGCCCAUGGAGAACGACUAUGUUGCAGUUGAGGAGGAUGUGGAAAUUGAGACCGCCCAGCCUGAGCAGUCGCAGGCCCAAGAGCAGGAGCCCGAGGGUGAACCACAACAGCCGACCAAGAACGAUUAUGGCCUCACCGAGGACGAGAUUCUCCUGGCCAAUGCCGCUUCCGAGUCCCCGGAGGCCGAGGCCGCCAUGCAGAGCGCCGCUCUGGUUGUCCGCCUCAAGGAGGGCAUCUCCUCGCUGGGCCGCAUCCUCAAGGCCAUCGAGACCUUCCACGGCACCGUCCAGCAUGUGGAGUCCCGCCAGUCGCGUGUCCAGGGCGUCGACCACGAUGUCCUCAUCAAGCUGGACAUGACCCGUGGCAACCUGCUGCAGCUCAUCCGCUCUCUGCGCCAGUCGGGCUCCUUCAGCAGCAUGAAUCUGCUGGCUGAGAACAAUAUCAGCGUGAAGGCUCCGUGGUUCCCCAAGCACGCCUCCGAGCUGGACAACUGCAACCACCUGAUGACCAAGUACGAGCCCGAUUUGGACAUGAACCAUCCCGGAUUCGCCGACAAGGUUUACCGCCAGCGCCGCAAGGAGAUCGCCGAGAUUGCCUUCGCCUACAAGUACGGAGAUCCGAUCCCCUACAUCAGCUACACCGAUGUGGAGGUCAAGACCUGGCGCUCGGUCUUCAAGACCGUCCAGGAUCUGGCCCCCAAGCACGCCUGUGCCGAGUACCGUGCCGCCUUCCAGAAGUUGCAGGACGAGCAGAUCUUUGUUGAAACCCGCCUGCCCCAGUUGCAGGAGAUGUCGGACUUCCUGCGCAAGAACACCGGAUUCUCCCUUCGCCCGGCCGCCGGUCUGCUGACCGCCCGCGACUUCCUCGCCUCCCUGGCCUUCCGCAUCUUCCAGAGCACUCAGUACGUCCGCCACGUCAACUCGCCGUACCACACCCCCGAGCCUGACUCCAUUCACGAGCUGCUCGGUCACAUGCCCCUGCUGGCCGAUCCCAGCUUCGCCCAGUUCUCUCAGGAGAUUGGUCUGGCCUCGCUGGGUGCCUCCGACGAAGAAAUCGAGAAGCUGUCCACGGUCUACUGGUUCACUGUUGAGUUCGGUCUCUGCAAGGAACACGGUCAGAUCAAGGCCUACGGCGCCGGACUCCUGAGCUCCUACGGCGAGCUGCUCCACGCCAUCAGCGACAAGUGCGAGCACCGCGCCUUCGAGCCCGCCUCCACGGCCGUCCAGCCGUACCAGGACCAGGAGUACCAGCCCAUCUACUACGUGGCCGAGAGCUUCGAGGACGCCAAGGACAAGUUCCGUCGCUGGGUCAGCACCAUGUCCCGUCCCUUCGAGGUGCGCUUCAACCCGCACACCGAGCGCGUCGAGGUCCUCGACUCCGUGGACAAGCUGGAGACCCUGGUCCACCAGAUGAACACCGAGAUCUUGCACCUGACCAACGCUAUCCAAAAGCUGCGCCGCCCGUUCUAAGCCCAGGAAUUGUGAGGGAGAGUCCCAGCAAGCGAAGCAAACGAAACACCGCCCAAAAAAUGAAGCAAAAGCCAAUCCCAUAAACACACAAUCCACAUACAGGUGCAACGGUCUCAUUUAUACAAAUUAAUUUUAAAUUGACAUACCGCACAAUCCCUCGUACACGUAAUCCUUAAACCAAAAUUAAGGCAUCGCGCAUUAUUUUUUAAACUUUUUUGUUUACUGUUUUUGUUUGUUUUAUUUUAUUUAAUUGUCAUCUGAAGUUCUAUUUGUCUGCACGCACACAUGGUAUAAAAAAAAGCAUAUUUAUUUUGUUGAUCACCCGACCACCCACCACGCCCACUACACACCUCCACCCCGACCCGCAUAUUUAUCACCGCAACUAUUAUUGGACCAAAAAAUCGUUAGACUUUUAAGUGAUGUGACAACAAAGCCAAGCAAAGUGAAGUUAAGAGCUGAGAAAGCAAAGUUCAGAUACAUCCGCACCACACAUAAUAGACAAAGUACCACACAAAAAAACCGCUUGUAUACUCAGACACAAAAUGUUUUUGUAUUAUUAUUAUCAACCAUUUUUUUUCCGCCUCUCACCAUAUUUACCUAGACUAUAUAGACACGCGAUAUAGUAUGCCCGGUAUUGAAAACUUUACGAAAGAGAGUAUUUUGAAGUCGAAAGGACAACAUCAUUAGCAAGCAAAACAAUGGAAAUGAUCGAAAUUGAACACAAAAUAGAAUUUUCUUACAAUGUACAAUAACUGUAAACGACAAUAUUACUAUUAUUAUUAUUAUUAUUAUCUAUUAUUAUGCUUAUGACUAUUACGUAUUGUAUUGUAGGUAUGUAGAGUUUAAACAUUAUUAUUUUAUUUAAG